AUGGCUUGGCUCCGCCUGUUUACAAGAACCCUAAAAUCUGAUAAUCAAACAAUACUACGAUCACUUCCCAAAACCGCCUCGUCUUCUUCGCCAAAUCCAAACCCUUAUUUCACAACUCGACCUUUCUCCUCCUCCUUCCUCAUCACAAAAACGCCAGAUAAAUUCAAAAAGAAGCGGAAGAAACCAGAAUCCGCCAGAACCAAACCCGUUCAACCCGAUUCAACCCGAAUCCCUCAUUUCGAAUCCCUCGUCACACGCGACGCCCAUUUCCGGUUCCUAACACGAUCGAAAGAGUUCAUCACGAAGCAACCGGACCGGAUUCUCCGAUUAGAUGACGCCGGCAAGCUCUACCGCGAGCUAGGGUUCUUACGCGGCCGUAAGGUGACUCGUUACAUCCCUAAACACCCUUUGAUCUUUCAGACUUAUCGACAUACCGAUGGGAAGAUGUGGUUAGGGUUUUCGGAAUUCAUGGAGGAUUUGUUAGAUGAAGAGAGAGCUUUAAUGGAUUCGAUGGAGCUAGAUAGAGUUAAUCGUGUGAGAAAGCUGUUGAUGAUGACGAAAGAUAAACGGAUCUUACUUAGCAAAAUCCAUCACACUCGAUUGAUUUUUGGGGUCCCUGAGGAUUUUCGAGACCGGGUCGGGAAAUACCCGGAUUAUUUCCGGGUCGUGACGGGUCAAGACGGGAACCGGGUGCUCGAAUUGGUGAACUGGGAUCAGAAUCUUGCGGUGAGUGAGCUCGAAAGAACAUUCAUGGUGGACGAAGAUAAAGCCAAAAGAGCGUUUAAGUUUCCAGUGAAACACGGUAAAAAACUUGAAUUGGAAGUGAAGAUUUCGGGAAAGUUGAAUCAGUUGAACACAUUACCGUUGGUUUCGCCGUAUUCAGAUGGUUGGAAGCACGAUGUAUGGACUUUGGAAGCAGAGAAGUACAGAGUAGGGAUCUUGCACGAGUUCUUGAGCUUGACUUUAGAGAAAAGAGCUUCGAUUCAUCACAUUGUCGAAUUCAAGGACGAGUUUAGCUUGACUAGGCAGACUUACCAGAUGCUCAAGAAGCAGCCCACAGCUUUUUACUUGGCGGGCACUGAGAUGAACUGGACCGUGUUUCUGAAGGAUGGUUAUGAUGCGAAUGGUGUUUUGAUCGGUAAAGAUCCUCAGGUUGUGUUUAACGAAAAGCUGUAUAAGUAUGCAGAUAUGCAUCAGAUGGGGAAUGAUUCUGGCUCAAAAUUAUAG